AUGGUUGGAGGAAUAGGAAACUCCACGAGUGUCGAGGAGUUUCUGGUGGCAGAACGGCGCUGGCGCAAACGGGCGUCCCUCGACGUUGGACGCGUCGGGCACGCAGCCGCAGUCCUGACGGAAGCCGGAGGGGAGACGCUUAUCGGCGUUUUCGGUGGAUACGGUAACGGUGGAUACCUCUCCUCUUGUGAAGUCUAUGAAGUCGGUCGGGACAGGUGAGAGCACACUCGUCCUGGCGCCUCCUUUUUUUCUUGCAAAAUCUUCCUGUUUUGCCUUCUCACUCGUCGUCUCCUCCUCCUCCCCAACACACAGGUGGUUCAAACUGCCCGAUCUGCGAGAGAAGAGGAACUCCACGGCGGCUGCCUGCCUGCCCGGCGACAGUCGAAUCUUCGUUUUUGGCGGCUAUAAUGGCUCCUCCCGGCUGGCUUCUGUGGAGUUCUGCCACCUGCGAGCAGACUGGCGAGAGAGGGCGACCUCGUCGGACUUUUGGCAGCCAGCCGCACCCAUGAGAACUGCACGAUGGGGGCUGGCAGCGACACACUUUCGGGGGAAAAUCAUUGUCGCCGGGGGAUAUGAUGGUAAAAAAGAUCUAAACGUGGUGGAGAUGUUCACACCACCAGAUGCCAGGUGUCCCCAGGGCCAGUGGUCAGAACUGGCCGGCAUGAAGGAACCCCGCGAGUAUUUCGCUCUUCUCACCUCCACCGACGACGCCAUCUUUGCUCUCGGUAAUGACGCCUCUUCCUCCUUUGCUCUACAUUGACUGCAUUCCUUCUCCACUCUCCUCUCUCUUUCAUGCCAUUCCAUGGCCUUUUCUGUGUAAUCCCUUUUUAUGAGGAAGAUUGAGACAUCCCUAGUGAUGGCAACCAUGUGUAAACGUGACUUUGCCUGGCGUUUCGUAAACACAACGAGGUUAGGGCCGAUGGUAGUCCGUUUGUAGUGCAAAUCGCCUGCUUCUAAAAAUAGAUUUUAUGCAGCCGACUGGUUAAAGCGUCUUCAGUAGAUACUGCGUUCAAAGCUUACUCAGUCUACUCUGCGUUUUAUUGAAAUACAUUUUUGUCUAGCGGUAUUGUGCAAAUCGUACGUUAAUUUUGUCUAUUUUGAUAUUUAUGAAAGUAGAAUUUUACUGGAAUUAUUCACAAUUUGCAGGCUGCUGGAAUGGAUCAGGAAACACGGUGGAGACUUUCACAGCACCAGGCGGGCCAGCUGAUGUCAGCAACGACUUGACAUCUUGGAGUUGGUCGUCGAAGAAACCGCUGGAGACGCUUGAAAAGAUCGCUGGAGCUGCAAGCAUUCGCAUGUAAACUUCUGCAUUUCUUGAUGUUCCUUCUAUGGCCCACAUGUUAAGAAAUAAACGACUUGCAAUGUAAGCUGUUUUGUCGUUGUUUUUGAAAACGUCAAAAGGGUGUGCAGUGCGCAACACCUAAGGCAACCGAUUAAUGGCGUGAUUAUCUCUGAAGGGAAUGAAAUGCAGGAACCAGUUAUUUUUUACGAGGGAGAUGCUCGUUUUCGGGAUUAAUGCUUGAUUAUGGAGAGAAAUCAUUGUCGCCAGCCGAUAUGAUACUGGAGACGAAUUAGAUUUAGUGGUGGAGAUGUUCUCACUGUCAGGUGUCCCCAGCGGGGUUAAUAAACAUGGCCUCCAAUUUUUUUGUUAAAAAAAACACCAAAAGGGUGUAAAGUGUCCAACACUUGGGGUGACAAAAUAAUCUCUAGCAUAUCUCUGCGAGGAAUGAGAGAUGUGGUCGAGGUUAGUUUAGCAAAGAGAUGCCCACUUGCUGACGAAGUGAGCAACACCAGUAAGAUCGCAGAUCGGGGAGCUUGUGUGUUAAUAUAAAUGGCAAACGUACUAUUUACUGAGGCAUGUACGCUGUCCGUCUCCGUAGCAUAAAUUGAUCCUUUUCUUCAUCUAAAAAGAUUAAAAGGUUGGACUGUCUCGGGAUUUAUGCUUAGCAAAGAUUUCACCAAGCACGACGAGCUCACAUGAGUGAUGUCAAGGGUAUUUAACAUAACGCAUGUUCAAAUAUAACCCAGGUUAGUGAUUUGGAUGUAACCAGAGAUACGAUUAACUGAAUCGGCACUAACUACGUGGGAAGGCCCUGCUUCAUGUUGCGAACCUGCUGGACAGUCAGUUAUCAGGGGCGCAUCUCGAGUUGCUGGCCCCUGGACAGUGAGGCGGCCUGCGAGCCUGCCGAGAGAAAAUCGAUCGUGCUCGAUGGAUGACGCAGCUGGCAGAUUUCACUAGAUGGCCGAAAGCUGAAUGCGAGUAGAUGCGCCCCUAGAUGACCUUGGCAGCAGGUAGUCAGUGGCGUGCGCAGUCGUUGCGUGUGUGCGUCACCGAACAAUGCAUCGAUCGCAGUCCGUGCACGUAGAUUUCGCCAGAUGGCCGAGCGCUGAAUGCGAGUAGAAUCGCCCCUAGAUGACCUUGGCAGCAGGUAGUCAGUGGCGUGAUGCGCAAUUGUUGCGUGUGUACGUCACUGGACAAUGGCAGUGUCCCUAAAACCGCUCACGCAGCAGAUGCGCUAGAAAAACACGCUGGCUAGACCGGGGUUUGUCUGGCGUUAAUUGGAAACGUGCACUCAGGAAAUGUCAACAUUUUGUCCGACUUUCAGACAUACGUGGAGGUUUUCCUUGCUAGGUAUCCAAAUUUCCAUCAAAAAUGUCAGUUACGGAUGUCAGAAAUGCCAGACUCGGUUAUAAAAACAAAAGGCUGUGUUAUUACUUAAAACAUAGGAAGAUCGCCAUCAGUCACACUUUGGACAUAUCUACUCGACAGAUCAUCAGACGAAGUGCGAAUAUUUGCAGGAGUGCAGACGUUAUUAUUAAGAAUAUGCGUGCCGUAUUAGAGGAAUUUCAGCCCAUGCAUAUUUCACCCUCUGUUUCUUCACAACUUCAAUUUGUUGUUGUCUUUGUUCGAAAAUGAACUUGAAACUUCAAGUGGACAUUACUUUCGUUUUAGUGAUCGAGUGAUUUUCCUCACAGCAAAAUAACACUGUUAAGGAAGCUCCAGUUCUGAAAAUGAUGUGGGUUCGGUCUCCGAAGUUGCUCCUAAGAGAAACCGCAUAAUUAAUCAGUCAUUGUGAAUAUCUGUAUUUUGCUGUCAGCAGACUUUUUACAUUCAAUGUGAAACAAAUGCCGUGGGAUUGCGAUUAACAUCGAAACAGCCAGUCCCAAGUUAAAUUAGUGCGGAUUCGACAAUCUACAGGACUGUUUCACCGAACGUAGGUGCAAGAUGUCCAGUCAAUUGCAAAUUCACUGAAAGAUCACAUGCAAUGCGAAUCCCUAAGCUACGUAAUGGUUUCAUUUUUUCAACUGUCCGUGUUGAUGUAUUCGCAUAAAUUAGAUAUGCGUAAUCCAGGACAGUAAACCAAGUGGGAUUUUAGAAUUAAUUCGACGCGCUCCGUAAGGAGUGGAUUUACCUACGUUAAAAUUCGUCGUAGCGGAAUGUGCAUUAAAUAAACAAACUGUUUUUAUUAAAAUCCUACACUGUUUUAAUAUAGACACAGUCUGAGCGUCUGAGUGGCAUUGAUUGGAAAGGGCAAUCAGCAAAUUUCAACAUUAUGUCGACUUUAGCCUGCCAGGAAAACCUCAUUUCUAACAAAAAUUCCCGUUUCCAAAGUCAUAGAAUCGCCAAAGUCAGUUUUUAGAACCAAGGAUGAUGUUAGUAUUUAAAAAACGGCUAAUUCGUGAACAGUCACAAUUUAAACAUAUGUACUCGGGAAAUCAUCAAACGCAUUACGAAAAGCUGAAGUGAAUGCGGUCGUUAUCAUUAUAAGCAUGCGCAUGAUAGCAUAGGAAUUGCAGCUUAUAAAACUUUCACCAUCUGUACGUCCCCAACUUCAAUCUGUUGCCUUCCUUAAUCGAAAAGGGAUCGGGAAACUCAUGUUAACAUUAUUCUCGCUCCAGCGAUCGAGCGAAUCUCCUCACAUCAAAAUGACACCGUUAAGAAUGCUCUACUUCUGAAAAAUAAGUGGUUUCAUUCUCCGAAGUUGCUACUAAGCCUAACUGGUGGUAUUCGAACCCACAACAGCAAAGAGAGGCUUUAGUACGGCCAACGCUCUAGCCACCUAAGAUACGAGGCCCCACCGGACGACGCGAGUUUAAUCAUAUCUUAAUCAAUUUUACUCGUGUGAUCUACUGCAAAGUCUGGUAUCCACCAAAUCUGAUAAAGUAAGCUGACAUUCUAAGCAGGAUUUUCCAAUAUAUACAUAUAGAAUCCACCAGAUAGCUAAGGGUUUCACGAAAUUCAUAGCUAUUAUGGCAGAUACGAUUAAUGUAGCGUCGUCCGGUGGAGCCUUUUAGGUCAGUGGGCUAGAGCGUUGGCUGUACUAAGGCUACCUAAAGCUGAAGUGGGUUCAUACACCACAGAGGCGCCGAGUAUUUCAUAUGCGUAUCAAAAUGACUCGUUUGUGUACUUGCGUUUAAUACGGCAAUAUCGACAACAGUCGGUCAAGCUGCAAUAGGCUCGUAUUGCCAGUCAAAAUAAGGAGAUAUGGAUUACUUGACAUAGUAAAACGCUUGCUGUCGUGGGUUUCAGUCACACCGUGGCACCGAGGUUAUACAGUUCGAUCGAGGUGAAUAACUGAGACUUUAGGAAAUAUAUUCUGUAAACUGAAGGGGAUAUCUGUUGUGGCGGAUAGGCAAUUCAAGACUACACAGUGGUAAUACCGUCAGGUGUGGCACAACACUGACGAGUUAGGUAAAUACCCCGCAAGCUGGUUGCAAACCUGCAGCUCUGUAUUACGUAUUACAAAUGCUGCACUCAUUGCAUUAGGGUUCCUGUCAUCAAUAUUCACAAACCAAGUGACAGAUGCGAGCAGAUCACGCCACUCUAGGUGCAACGAUUUGUACUUAAAUCUGCUGAUCCAAUGCGGAGGGAGGGAGGGAGCUGGCUGGGUGGGGUUUCGUAUGUGCAGAUAGCAGGCGCGCUCGUGUUGCGUACUAUCAGGGUGGGACAUCGAUUCCCGUAAAAAAAGAGGAUGACGCACUCCCUACUCGAUCUUCUCUUCAGCCUCACAGCGACUGCCGCCCUGAAUUACGCUAGUCCUCCACCUUAGCUAAAUGUAGCCACAGGUGAUCCAGAUGGUUGUGUGGAAUCGCUGUCUUUCAACUGCUGUUUGUUACAUUAAGUCUGCUGUAGAGCGUGCUGUCGAUCAGAGUUAGGUAAACACCGGGCAAAACGCACUGCUAGAAAACUGCACAAACUUCUAUGAAGUACAGGCCUCUGGUUUAAACUUGUGAAGCAUAAAGGCUCCUGCAUCCGACGAAAUCGCCGACAGACUGGCAGGGUGAGUCCGCUCACUCUGGCAGCCUGGAAUGUUCAUUCCCUUUUAGACAAUCCAAGGAGCAACCGACCGGAACGGAGGACGGCGCUAGUGGCACGAGAACUGACGCGCCACAAGGUGGACAUCGCCGCACUCAGCGAGACCCGAUUCUCCGAACAAGGCCAACUGGAGGUGGCUAGGGCCGGCUACACCUUCUUCUGGAGUGGCCGACCCAGGGCAGAGCGACGAGACGCGGGUGUCGUCCUCGCCAUCCGGAACGACAUCGUGGGACGACUGCCCAGUCUGCCGCAGGGAAUCAACGAUCGCCUGAUGAGCCUCCGUCUGCCUCUCCGGCGAGGAGGCAAGUUCGCCACCAUCAUCAGCGCCUACGCUCCGCCGAUGAGCUGCCCCGACGCCGCCGCAAGGGACAAAUUCUACGAGGACCUGCACGCCCUCUUGGCGACUGUUUCGAAGGCGGACAAGUUGAUUGUCUUUGGCGACUUCAACACCCGCGUCGGCACAGACCAUACUGCCUAG